GUCAAUAUAGUGUCAUACAGUCUUAACGAUAGACUUUUAAAAUAGGGGCAAAAUUAUCGUUUCGUCGCUUAUAGAGAGAAAAAAAAUUUAAAUUGAAUUGCGAUUUAGAGUAGUUUUGUUUUCGUGUAAGCUUAAAUUGCAAUCUUUAAGACAAACAAAAACGGGGAUAAUGGCACAUUUUGUCAGCAACCCUACACAACAAAAUUAUUAUUUCAAGAACAAUUUGUGCUACACGGAAGAUCAUGUUCCUGUCCAGAAGUUAUAUCUGCACAGCAUUCCACCAGAGCUAAGAGAGGACGUGUUGCUGCCGCAUUUCAAUAAUUAUGGAAAAGUAGUUCGGAUGAAGAUCUUUGGCAAUGACAGAUAUCGUCGAAUGCCCCAGCGGGGAUUGAGAGGCCAAGCUCGGCAACAGCACGAACCACAACGUUGUGGCAAGUGGCAAAUGAAAACAGGAUACGUUUUCUUUGCCAAUCCUCGAGAUGCAGCCAAAGCUCUGCAUAGCCGGGUACAUCAUGUUAAUGGGCGUCGAUUGCAUGUGAAGGCCAGUGAUAGUUGGCAUCAACCAGCGGCCUAUGGCUCGGAUGACAAACACCCACCGGGAGAUGCUCAUAUUUUAAAAAUAACAGAUCAUUGUCUAUCGAUGGUUGUUGAAUAUCUUCCCUUGAGCGACCAGUUGCAUUUUUCUCGGACUUGCACACGUUUUCGAGGGGUUUAUCUCUUAGUUACACGCACCAUUCACAGAUCCAUGGAUUUUUGUAAAUUUGAUGGACUAACCGUUUGGGAUAUAAAGGACUUUUUCACUCUAUCAGGACGAUACGUUAAAGAGUUUAAAGGUGUCAUACCGGAAGCGCAUUGUGAACGUAUGUGUGACUUUUUUGGGGCGAAUUGUGUGAAUGUCAAGUCCUUGGAGAUUACGGAGAGCAAGCUAAAUACAAGAAAUAUGAACAAAUUGUUUUUCAAUAACGAAAAAAUAGAAGAUUUGGUCUUAAGCAGCUGCGGUCUAUCUGACGGCAGUUUAAUGUCUCUGCGAAAAUUGAAUAAGCUUAAGAGUCUAACUAUUGCCUACAAUCCGAAACUGAAUGGCACUGAACUGGACAAACUGCCAGUCUCCAUAGAGACAAUAGUCCUUACAGGCUGUACUGGGUUACUGGCCAACCGUUUGAUUCAAAUGUGCAGGAUUUUGGUUAAUCUCAAGGAUCUAAAUGUCAUUGGGGUAAUGUCUGCUUAUUCGAAUUUCUAUGAGACUUUAGUUAAAAAGAAUUGUUGCCCCUCCCUGGAAACUCUGCGUCUGAGCAUUGAUGAUGAAACCAACUAUGAGGAGAUACCUAAGCUACCCAAACUCAAGCAUGUUCAAAUUGCCACCUUGCCAAGAUUAAAUAUACGUAGCAGAUUCUUUGAUCACCUCGUUUCAAUGAAAUCUCAACAAUUGGAACAGUUUGAGUUAUAUGGUGCUAAAAAUUUACCUCAACAUCUUCUGUUGCAAUUAGGUAAACUUAGUAGCCUUAAAAAUCUUAUACUUGUCCGUGUGGAUGAUGUUAGAGAUGAUGUGCUGGAGGAGUUCACCCAGCUAACUAAUCUGGAGCACAUUACUCUACGUUUGUGCCACAAUAUCACAGAUACUGGAGUAAUGCGUCUGAUACUUGCUUGCCACAAGUUGCAGGAACUGAAUCUGGAGGAUUGCUCUCAGAUAACCGAAAAGCUGGUACACACUGUCAUUAAGAGGGUGCAACAUCAAAUUAAGUUCAGGCAGAAUGAGCAUCAGUUGCCCAUAGAUCUUUAUGUGCAAGGCACUAAAAUACAAGAGUCUCUCGAGACGGAUCCUAUCGUGGCUGGGGCCAAGAAUAUAAUUCGACUCCAUUUCACCUCACAAUAUGGACCAUAUUUGCUUCAUUUGUCAAUGUCAAACUUAUUGCUCGAUGAUUUUGACUACGAUCCGCAUGAAUUGGAACAGGAUACAGAUGAUGAGAUGGAUAUCUUUGAUGAUCAUUACAUGUUCGACAUGGGCUUUUUGAGUGAGAAUGAUUUGGAAGAUAGUGAUCCGGAUUCCGAUGAUUUAAAUGUUCUCUAUCCCUAUGUCCAUGCUUCUUAUCCAUAUGAUGCGAAUGGCGAUUUUAUGGGGUUUGGCAUAUUUGAUUCCGAUUCAGACUAAGUGUGGCAGAGCCCAAAGUAUUAACUAACUACACCAAAUAGCCAAAUAAAUUAAAUUUUUUUGUUGUUUUUGAAUUCUGUGUGUCUAGCUGUUAUACAUAUACAUAUGCAUCUUUUUUUUUUUGGAAGUUCAUUCAACUUAUCUGUGUAUAAAUAAAAGCCGAUCGAGUGCUACGAUCAAUAAAUGAAAGAUUGUUCGUA